GAUCAAUCCCGAAGCUGCUACACGGGCAAAAGUCUUCCUUUCACAGGCUAUCGCAUUGAGAAUCAGAUCAACUUAAAGAGUUGGAACCAAGAAUAUCAUCUUAUUUACUGCAACGACAACAAGCUUAUCUAUGACCAAAGUCUAAACUCUUCCAUUCCGUGGGCAGUUCCGUUUUCUUUUAGUAAUACUAAGAAGAGCAGCAAUUCAAAUAUCUUGGUACUUGCAAGACGGAAAUCUUUCGCUCUCAGAGAAAUCCCCCUCUUUUUACCAAAUACUUUAGUUGGAGCACUAUUCUGUCAUGACGAAAAAGGUGCUGCAACUCAUGAUGAUAGUGGAAUACCUCGCCGUCAAUCGGGAACACCUUUGGUAGCUGAAAACUUUCUUCUUUAUUGGUCCGAAUUGAACUACAAGUUGGACUUCAUAGUUCAUAUUCCUUUACUAGGUACUCCCUCCAUAGACAGCAAAAGGUAUAACCCACAAAUUUUUAACGCACAUUUCCAGCAGGACUGGGACAAGUUUAUAUCAUCUAGUGAAAACUACACCUACAGCUUUGAUUCAAGAAGAACUGUUAGGAAAUCAGUCGACUCGAUUUUAGGAAUAGUGGAUUAUUCAAUGGGGAAAAUCAAGAGAAUCUUGGGAACAGUCCCAUCAAAAAGUACCAUACUCUGGAAAUUGAUUAUUCUCUCAAAAGUUCUUACCAUAGAGCAAUUCAAUAGCUUAUUGUUGAAGCUUGAUCGUGUCCUAUCUUACGACUGA